GCGGGGCUAAAUAUAGUUUUUAAAGGGUUAAAAAUAAAAGUUGAGGUCUUAUCAUUUUCUCGAGUCUUUUCUUUUAUUUUUUAAAGAAAUGGCUAGCUCUGGUGCUCCCCCUCCAAUCUCAGAGGACGUAAGGCGUCAAAAAGCUCUUGAAGAUUAUAGAAAGAAACUUAUUGAACACAAAGAAUUGGACUCAAAAUUAAAGAAAAUGAGAGAGGAACUAAAAGAAUUGUCAAAGGAUUACGAUAAAAGUGAAGAUGAUUUGAAAGCUUUGCAAAGUGGGGUUGGCCAGAUAGUAGGAGAAGUCCUUCGUCAACUGACUGAAGAGAAAUUUAUUGUUAAAGCUUCCAAUGGACCUCGUUAUGUUGUCGGCUGUCGACGACAGGUUGAUAAGGGGAAGCUAAAGCAAGGCUCACGGGUUGCCCUGGACAUGACCACGCUGACCAUAAUGAGACAGCUACCACGUGAAGUGGAUCCACUCGUUUACAAUAUGACUGCUGAGGACCCAGGGGAUGUGUCCUACUCGUCUGUCGGAGGACUGAGCGAGCAAAUUAGGGAACUGAGAGAGGUUAUUGAACUACCUUUAAUGAAUCCUGAGUUAUUUGAGCGUGUCGGUAUAAAAGCUCCCAAAGGUUGUCUGCUGUAUGGCCCACCUGGUACUGGUAAGACUCUCCUGGCACGAGCAGUUGCUAAGCAGCUGGACGCUAAUUUCCUGAAAGUUGUAUCAAGCGCCAUUGUUGAUAAGUACAUAGGAGAGAGUGCAAGGCUGAUCAGGGAAAUGUUUGCUUAUGCAAAAGACCAUCAACCUUGUAUUAUAUUUAUGGACGAGAUAGACGCCAUUGGUGGUAAGAGGUUCUCUGAAGGUACUUCAGCUGAUCGUGAGAUACAGCGUACCCUCAUGGAACUGCUAAACCAGAUGGACGGGUUUGACUCGCUUGGUCAAGUUAAAAUGAUAAUGGCCACCAAUCGUCCUGAUGUACUUGAUCCAGCUCUUCUCAGACCUGGCAGAUUGGACAGGAAAAUUGAGAUCCCACUACCUAACGAGCAGGCUCGUCUUGAUAUAUUAAAGAUUCAUGCAUCACCAAUAACCAAAAUGGGGGAAGUUGAUUAUGAAGCAGUUGUGAAACUAUCUGAAGACUUCAACGGAGCUGAUCUAAGAAACGUCUGCACCGAAGCAGGUAUGUUUGCUAUCCGUGAGGAUCGUGAUUACGUCAUUAAUGAGGACUUUAUGAAGGCCGUGAGGAAAGUAUCCGACACCAAGAAACUAGAGACCAAACUAGACUAUAAACAAGUUUAAGGACAAGGUGUAACAAUGGCUGGUUGAUAGGGCAAUAGACAUCAAGCAUAAUUAAUGCUAAUAAUUAUGAAUUAUAAUAAUAAUUAUGAUAAAAUUACCUCAAAUUUUUAAGGUGUUAUUAUAAUAAUUAUUCUGAAAUAGAGAGUUUAUUUUAAA